UAGAGACCUAUAGUGGUCACGGAACGCAUGUUGCAACCAUAGCUGGCGGUUCGUACGUGCCCAAUACAAGCUACAAGGGGCUAGCUAGAGGGACUGUGAGAGGUGGUGCACCUCGUGCUCGUAUCGCAGUGUACAAGACUUGUUGGUAUCAUGAUGACCUAGAAGCAAAUAUCUGUUCUUCCGCUGACAUCUUGAAAGCAAUGGACGAGGCGAUUCAUGACGGUGUUGAUGUUAUGUCUCUUUCUUUAGGCUAUGAGCCUCUGUUUCAAGAAACCGAUGUUCGAGAUGGGAUUUCCACUGGUGCAUUCCAUGCAGUCUUGAAUGGUAUCACAGUUGUUUGUGCGGCUGGUAACGCAGGCCCAGCGGCUUAUACCGUCGCAAACUUGGCUCCUUGGAUCAUCACAGUGGCUGCAACUUCUCUAGACCGGUCCUUUGCCACUCCUAUGACACUUGGGAACAAUAAAGUCAUAUUGGGUCAAGCAAUGUACACAGGUCAAGAACUUGGCUUCACUAGCUUGGUUUUUCCAGAGAAUCUAGGGAGUGGUAGCAACGAGGUUAUUUCUAGUACCUGUGAGCUUACUCUCAUCAAUGGUAAUCUUAAAAUGGAAGGGAAAGUUGUGUUGUGUUUCACAACAUCACCUUUCGACACUGCUGUAUCGAGUGCUGCUAGUUAUGUCAAGAGAGCCGGCGGUCUCGGUGUGAUCGUCGCAAGACAUCCAGUCAACAUUCUCCGGCCAUGUCUAGAUGAUUUCCCUUGUGUUGUUGUUGACUACGAGCUCGGGACUGACAUACUUCUUUACAUACGUUCCACUGAAUCUCCUGUUGUAAAGAUACAACCUUCAAGAACACUCAUUGGACAACCAGUUGGUACAAAGGUUGCAGCUUUCUCAUCAAGAGGGCCUAAUCCAAUAUCAGCAGCGAUCCUUAAACCGGAUAUUGCAGCACCUGGAGUGAGCAUAUUAGCUGCUACAACCACCAAUGCUCCUUUCAACGACAGAGGAUUCAUUUUCUUGUCAGGAACAUCAAUGGCGACUCCGACCAUUUCAGGAGUUAUUGCACUUCUCAAAGCUCUUCACCGUGAUUGGUCUCCUGCUGCCUUUAGAUCAGCCAUUGUCACUACAGCUUGGAGAACAGAUCCAUUUGGAGAAGAGAUUUUUGCAGAAGGAUCACCUCGGAAGCUAGCUGAUCCGUUUGACUAUGGUGGAGGUCUUGUGAAUCCAGAGAAAGCAGCAAAGCCAGGUCUUGUCUAUGACAUGGGCCUUGAAGACUAUGUUCUCUACAUGUGCUCUGUUGGUUACAAUGAGUCAUCAAUCUCUCAGCUUGUCGGAAGAAGAACAGUUUGCUCGCAUCCUAGACCUUCUGUUCUUGAUUUCAACUUGCCUUCCAUCACAAUCCCAAACCUUAAAGAAGAAGUUACUCUCACAAGAAUCCUCACUAACGUUGGACCAAUCAACUCGGUCUAUAGAGUAGCCGUUGAGCCACCAUUGGGAGUUCGCGUGACCGUCACGCCAGAGACUUUAGUAUUCGACUCUACAGCCAAAAGGGUCUCUUUUAAAGUGAGGGUCUCGACCAAACACAGAAUCAAUACAGGUUACUACUUUGGAAGCUUGACUUGGAGCGACUCUGUGCAUAAUGUCACCAUUCCUCUGUCUGUGAGAACUCAGAUUCUGCCUUACUUCUACGAUGAGAACUGA